AUUAUAGAGCAUAUAUAUGUAUCAUGUCUAAUUUUAAAUAUGAAUAUGGCUACUAUUAGAAAUUAAAAAGAAAAGAGUUUUGGAGGGUAAACAGAGAGUUAACGGUAAAAUCAAGAAUCAACAAGUUAGUCUUCUAUAUAAACAUAUUGUUUUCUCAUCAUUUCCAUUAUAUUCGUUCUUAUAAAAUCAAGAAUCAACAAGUUAGUCUUCUAUAUAAACAUAUUGGUUUCUCAUCAUUUCCAUUAUAUUCGUUCUUAUAAUUCCCAUCCAUUUUUCUCUUCAUUUGAUAUAAUCUCCUCUAUGAGUUGAUACAAUGAUGAUACUCAAGAAAUCAAGAAGAAAUUCUUUUGAUAGCAUCUACUGUUGUAUGUGCAGAAAUCCAGUUGCACGCGUCCAAGAUUAUAUUUCGAGGGUUCGUCAAGCAGGGGUCUUUAGUAGAGUGUAUAAUGUUGUUGUAUCGAAUGAUCAUGAGAAUUUUCAUUUUGGAAGUAUCAUAGCCGAUACGUACUGUGGUCAAUGUAGAAUGUUGAUCGGGUGGGAAUAUAUUCAAGUCCCACUAUGGUUUGUGGUCAGAGAUGGAAGAUUUGUUUUGUUCUUGAGUGGGCUUUGUUACUGGGAUGGUGUACCAUUGCUUCAUUUAAACGAAGAACAAGAUUUAGGCGCUAAUGAGGAAAAUGCAGAUCAAGAUGGAGAUGCUCAUGAACAAAAUGAUGCUAAUGAACAAGAUGUGGGCGUGAAUGAGGAAAAUACUGAUCAAGAUGGAGACGCUACUGAUCAAGAUGGAGACUCUACUGAUGAAGAUGGAGAUGCUACUGAUCAAGAUGGAGACGCUACUGAUCCAGAUGGAGACUCUACUGAUGAAGAUGGAGAUUCAACUGAUGAAGAUGGAGACGCUACUGAUGAAGAUGGAGAUUCAACUGAUGAAGAUGGAGACGCUACUGAUCAAGAUGGAGACGUUACUGAUCAAGAUGGAGACUCUACUAAUCAAGAUGUGGGCGUGAAUGAGGAAAAUGCUGAUCAAGAUGGAGACUCUACUGAUGAAGAUGGAGACUCUACUGAUGAAGAUGGAGACGCUACUGAUCAAGAUGUAGAUGUUACUGAUCAAGAUGGAGACGUUACUGAUCAAGAUGGAGACUCUACUGAUCAAGAUGUGGGCGUGAAUGAGGAAAAUGCUGAUCAAGAUGGCGGCACUCCAAUGAACUGAAUGAAGAUGAAAAUGCAGACAUUGAUAGACCAUACAUGCUGAUAUUAGCUGCUAAUACAAAAUGCUAUAAUUCAUAAUUGUCUGUUUCCGUUUCUGUUGUAAAAUUGCAGUACAUAUUACUACUUCAAGUUGGAAUAAACCAAUUGACACUGAA